CAUAAGUUUCAAAGUUUCUAGAGUUGACCUAUCCAGUGCGAGUGACAAAAAAACGGCAUAGUGUCUAUGAAUGUUGUAGAAGAACGCUCUGAAGUGUAAAGGUUAAUCUGUGAAACGGCAGGCCCUCUGUUUGGUCAAUUCGUCUCUUCUUUAAGAGCCAAAAGAAAAAAAAAAAAAGAAAAAGAGAAAGGAGAGACCUUUAUCGAUUUUUUUUUUGUGAGGGUAAGUAAGAUCCAGAGAUUGCAUCAGCUUGAACAUUUUUAUUAUAAAAUCCAGGUAAUUCUUUUGUUGUUUUCCCACCACGAAUUUUUAAAAAUUCUAGCUUUGGUGGCUCUUGUACUACUGCAAUCUUGUUUUCUGGUUUGUUCAUUGGAGCUUUGAGACUUGUAACUUGGAUUAAGGACAGUCUUCAUGAGACAUGACUUCUUCAGUGCAUGAGCUCUCUGAUAACAAUGAAAGUCACAAGAAGCAAGAACGUCCAGAUUCCCAAACCCCACCCCCGGCUCCUUCAGGACCGUGUUCUGAAUCUAUAGAUACAAGCUCCGUCUACUCAGAGCCGAUGGCGCAUGGGCUCUACCCGUAUCCAGAUCCUUACUACAGAAGCGUCUUUGCACACCAAGCGUAUCUUCCACAUCCAUAUCCUGGGGUUCAAAUGCAGUUAAUGGGAAUGCAUCAACAAGUGGUUCCAUUACAGUGUGAUGCAGUCGAGGAGCCUGUUUUUGUUAACGCAAAGCAGUACCACGGUAUACUCAGGCGUAGGCAAUCCAGGGCAAAACUUGAGGCUCGGAACAGAGCCAUGAAGUCAAAGAAGCCGUAUAUGCAUGAAUCUCGGCAUUUGCAUGCGAUAAACCGGCCAAGAGGAUGUGGAGGCCGGUUUCUCAAUGCCAAGAAGAAGAAUGGUGCGCGUAAAGAGAAGGAGGAGGAGGAGGAGGAGGCAACCUCUGAUGAGAACACUUCAGAAGCAAGUUCCAGCCUCAGGUCUGAGAAGUCAGCCAUGGCUGCUAAUGGUAGAUCUUGAGUGAAAGUUCAUGCACAACAACCACAUGUUUAGUUUUAUAUUUUGGGUGGAUGUUUGUAUCAGUACAAUACUCUGUUUUGGACCCUCUCUGUAGACUGUGUAUAGGUUAUUUAUUGCUUGGAACAGAUAGGGUGGUGGCUUUGUUUUAGUUAUUAGAAAUGCAACUGGGCACGGAAUGAAUAGUGUGAUUGAAAUGUAUUGUCUGUACCAAAAACAAAUCUUCUUUGGCAAUGAAUUGAUGUUUUGGAAAA